CAGCUGAAGUGUUAUUUCGGCGCGCUUUUUAAUCCCAAUACGCGCUCCGAUUGGUCCAACUGGUUUGAUUGACAGAGUAUCACAUGACCCAAACCUCAAUUUCUCAAAGGCGUGAUUGAUUUUCAAACGAGUCGCUCGCUGUAGUCGACUCUCUUCUCGACCUUACUAAUAAAUUAUUCGUGGAUCUGUAGUCGCCGCAUUUCGGUUCUCUUGCAAGGCGACCGCUUCAAUAAUGUUUAAGUUUUUUUCAAGGACACGAGACAGGAGCUCCGGUCAUCUGAAGGACAAACAAGGACAGGAUUUGCUUCUGUUCAACAAGGCUGUAGAACACGGAUUUCCACCGAAACCCUCAGCAAUCGCUCACGAUUCGGAGCUAAACUUGUUGGCUGUUGGAACAAGCAAUGGACUGCUGAAAAUCUAUGGUCGACCUGGAGUGGAGCUUUCUGCUCGUCAUCAGCAAGAAACAGUGAUUCAAGAGUUACAUUUUCUGCCCGAACAGGGACGUAUCAUCAGUGUCUGUGAUGAUGGAGAACAAAACACAAUUCACCUUUGGGAAGUCAACAAAAAGGAAGGAAAAUCAGUUCUGGAGGAGGUGAAGACGUGCACUCUGGAGGGAAGACUAAAGAAGAUCUCUGUGUGCUGUUUAUCCAUGAAGACCAAUCGUCUCUACCUUGGCACAGAGGGAGGUAACAUCUAUCUGUUGGACAUCAACUCGUUUGAGCUUCAGGAAUACAUCAUUUACCAGGAUGUCGUGAUGCAAAGUGUCCAAGAGGAGAGCAAGACCAAUGCAGGUUCUGUGGAGGCCAUCCAGGAACAUCCAGAGGAUUCCAACAAGAUUUUGAUUGGCUACAAGAAAGGCCUGAUUGUUCUUUGGAAUCAUGAGAGAUGCAGUGUCCAAGCCACCUUCAGCGUCCAAUCCUCUGAUCAGCCACAGGAGGUGGAAAGCAUCAGUUGGCAUUCUGAUGGAACCAAAUUCAUCAGUGCUCAUGGUGAUGGCAGCCUCACAAAGUGGUCGGUUGAAGGAAGCCCAGAAAUACCCAAGGCUGUUACCCCUCUGGGACCCUUCCCUUGCAAGGCUAUCACCAAAGUGGAGUGGAGUGAUUCUUCUGUGUUCUUCAGUGGUGGGAUGCCUCGUGCAAGCUAUGGUGACAGGCACUGUGUGUCGCUAAUUCAAGAUGCCAACUUGGUUGACGGGGGUGACAACACCCCGCAAGUUGCAUUUGACUUUACCUCGCGUGUUGUGGACUUUUUCACUGUGAAAGCCAAUGGAGCGGAUCCAGCUUAUUUGGUUGUGUUGUGUGAAGAGGAACUGGUCGUCAUUGACCUGAUCACCAAAGAAGCAGGGUUCCCUACAUUCAUGAAACCUUACCUGGUCUGCCUGCACUCUUCUCCAAUCACAUGUUCAUAUCACAGCCAUGACUGUCCACAGAGUCUGUUUGACCAAAUAUUAAAUGCUGGAAAGAAACAACUGCAAACUGACUUUUCUAGUGAGAGCUGGCCUAUUACAGGUGGCAAACCUUUAGUUGAAGGUGGAGAAGCCAAGGACCUUCUUGUAACAGGACAUGAAGAUGGUUCCAUCAACUUCUGGGAUGUUUCUCAGCUUGAAAUGUGUCUCAUUUACACUCUCCAAACUGCCAAGUAUUUUGUUGGCGAACAUGAAGGCCAUGAAUCCGAGACCAGAGAUGCAGAAGAAGAAGUUUGGCCACCAUUCAAGAAAGUUGGAAACUACUGCCCAUACUCCGAUGAUCCACGAUUUGCUGUGACCAAGAUAAUCUUGUCGCCAAAAGCAAAGAGCCUGACAGUGGCUGGAAAUGGAGGUCAAGUUCUCAUCUUUGACCUGUCAGAGGAAGAAACCAGCGUAGAACUUCAGAUGGUGGAAAUCGACUUUACUGAAGACAAGGAAAAUUUCCAGUGGAAGGGUCAUGGUCCCUUGCUUCCCAAGGAAGGUUCAGUCACAGUUCCUGCAGGUUUCAAACUGCAAACUGGUCUCCAGCUUAUCCCAGCUGCACAGGUCAGUGCACUGGUCGUGGAAACUCAAUGGGGACUCCUAGCAGCUGGUACUGUUCAUGGGUUCAUCUUGUAUGAUUACUUAAAUAAGAAGACAGUCACAACAAAAUGGACAGUCAGCCAAGAAACGGACAAUGGAGAGCAUCUUUCCAGAAGAAAAUCGUUGAAAGAGAGCAUCCGGAGAUCCUUCCGUCGGUUACGUUCUCGUAAAGGAUCCAGGGGUGGUGCAGAAAGAACACCCAAGAAAGAAGGUGAAGCUCCAGCAUCCCCCACACCAGAGGCAGUGGCUUCUCCAGUGUCACGCCUUGUUGAGGAAAACCGUGUAGAUGAGAGUGUGCUAAGCAUGGUGCGCUGUUUAUACUUUGUUGACACCUUCGUCAGGGAUGGAGUACAUCACUGUCCAUCGCUCUGGGCCGGAACCAAUGCAGGCCACAUCUAUGUGUGUUACCUGACCAUCCCUGAAGGAGAGAAGAGAAGUGAGGAGGAGGUUCAAGUAGAGAUCGGCAAAGAGAUCAAACUGAAACACAAAGCACCUGUUGUGUCCAUGUUUGUUGUUGAUAAGGAUGGAAUGCCACUGCUAGGAAAUGUCAUGGAGGAUAAAGAUAAAGAACCUGACAUGAGCGGAACACAUUCCUUAGUGAUUUGUUCUGAAGAACAGUUUAAAGUGUUCAGUCUACCCCAUCUGAAGGCACGUAACAAGGAGAAGCUCACAGCCAUUGAUGGCUCAAGAGUGCGUAAGAUUGGCCUGAUCAAUGUGAGAAGCAAGAAUGAUGAUUCUGGAAUGGUUUACCACUGCUUGGCUUGUGUAAGCAACCAAGGAGAUUUGAUCGUCUAUUCCAUUCCAAACCUGAAAAUCCAGAUCAAGGCCUCUGCCAUGAAAAAGUCAGAUGUGGACGCUAUUAGAUCCCUGGUGUUCUCAGUCAGUGGUCAAGGAUUCUAUCUCAGUUCAAGAAGCGAGAUGCAGCGGUUCACACUCUCUGCAACAGACUUGUUGAAACCUGAUUGUGUGUUGGAGCUUGCUGAAGGAAUGAGACCCCCUGAACCAGAACCCGAAGUUGUUGUCGAAGAGACCGAAGAAGACAAGAAGGAGAGAAAGAGCUCAACAUCCAGUUCAUCCUCUUCAUCAUCAUCUUCUGAUGAUGAAAAAGAUGAAGAAAAGAAAAAGAAGAAGGAAAAGAAGAAGAAGGAAAAAGCUGAAGCUGUCGCAGAGGCUGUAGCUACCCCUGAAAUAGCAGGAGAAGUUGCGGCAGAGGUGGAGGCAGAAGUGGAGGAGAAGAAGGAAGAAGUUGAAGAUAAAAAGGAGGAAGUUGAAGAGAAGAAGGAUGAGGUGGAAGAAAAGACAGAUGAUGCUGCAGUCGUAUUAGCCAAUGAAGGAGGAACGACUGUGUCAAAGGUUUUCAUUUCUGAACAGCGAUCAUACACCCACCAGUCAUCCUCUUCGGAGGAAAAAGGUGUCCCAGAGCAAACGUUUGGUGAAGACAUGAAUAUGUUCUCAUCUUCUGAAACUUCAUCUUCAGUCACCACAACCACCCGUGUCGUCAGCUCUAAGCAAGUGUUCACCUCCUCCUCUACCACGCAGCAAAUAAUCACAUCAGAAGGAACUACGAUUGAAACAAUUGAGAAUGGUGAAUCUGAAAAGCUUAUGUUGAAUGACCCUGAUCUUCAAAAAGCAGCUGAAGAUAUGCUUAAUAAUGAUGCCCAUGAUGAGAUGGACUCUGUAGAUUCUUCUGAUAACGACAGAGAACUCACAGCAGCAGUCAGGGGAAAAGGAUUCAAGAGCCCAGGAAAACUGUUUAUAAAGAAAAACACUGGGAACGAGGGAACCGAAACUGCGGGCUCAUAAAUCUUGAUUUUGAUGUAUUCACUAUACACUAGGGACUUGGAUUUAGGAGGCAUUUAUUGUUUUACAUCUCUUCUCCUUGAUGGAAAACUACAGCAGCCUUUCAGACGUUUUUGUAGUCAACAGACCAUAGUAGCUGUUUCACGUCUUUAGUUUAGUUAGUAGUAGCUUUUUUGUCUGUUUGCAUUGAUUUUUUUUUGUCUUCAUUUGUUUGAGAAUCCGAAAGUAUCGGAAUAUUUUCGAGAAGUACGUAAAAAGCAAGGUAACAAACUAGGAGUGUAAUUGUUUUGAUCACAGAUAUUCUUUGAGAUUGCAGAGAUGAAUUCGAAGCUUGGCUAGAAGGAAAUUUUUGGAUGCCUAAGGUAUCUUUAUUUAACUAAUCUUCUUCCCCAGACCGUUUUAUUAAGGGACAAAUCGCCUUCUGUUCUGGUUAAGUUUCGUACGAAAGCUUUUCCCAUAAUUAAUUGCACACCCAAUCUCUCUCCUGUUUUCAUCUCUGAAAUUCCCGAGGUACAUUGCGCCUCUCUUUUCAGUUUUUUUCUCAAUUGGAGUGAACUUUUGACUCGCUUGUUUACUCGUUCGUCUGUUUGCAGUCAAAACACGGCAAGAGUUUUUGCUAAGUCGAGUGCCCUGCACUUGAAUUAGAUUUUUAACUGUAGGAUAAUUGUUUUAAAGAGUGGCUUCAAUUAAAGGUCGUACUUGUAAACUUCUA